AUGUCCUGCCAGAAGCUGCCGGCGGCGACAGUGGUGGUGGUGGUGGUGGUGGUGAUGGUGGCGGCGGCGGCGGCGGGGGCGGCGGCGGCGGCGGCGGCGGCGGCGGCGGCGAUGGUGUUGGUGGUGGUGGUGGUGCUGCUGGUGCUGCUGAUGGUGCUGGUGCUGGUGCUGGUGCUGGUGGUGGAGGUGACGCGGGGGGCGGCAGCGCAGGGCCCCGCCGCCGCCGGCGCGCGGCUUGCCGCCCGCGCGAGGGCCCUGGCGCUGCGGCUUUGGGAGGCGUCGCUCCGCUGCCACAACUCCCUGCUGUACCGCUACUACAACUCGCGCUCCCCGGCCACCGACCUGCGGCUGUUUGCGUUCGCGUACGCGGGCGUCAUGCUGUUGCUUGCGGCGGCGCAGCACUACGCCCUGGACGACCCAGGGAUCGCACGGUACAACUUUGGAGAAGACUUCCCCGGCGACGGGGCGCCGCCGUUUGCGCGCCUGGUGGCCGUGCUCACCGCGCUCACCGGGCUCCUGGGCUUUGCAUUGAUACUGGCCCUGGUAGAGCAGGUGGUUCUCGAAGGCCUGGACACCAACGUCAAGCGGGGCCGCGGCGUGGUGGAGCACGGCCACAUCCUGAUCCUGAGUUGGUGCACCAGCCAGCGCGACCUGGAGGUGGUGCGCAAGGUGCUGGCGCAGGCCUGCCUCGCCUUCCGGCCAGAGGGCGGCACCACGGUUGUUGUCAUGAGCCAGCGCUCCAAGCUGGAGAUGGAGUCCCUGGCGGCCCGCGACAUCCCCCCCUCCGCCCGCCAUGGCACCAAGAUCGUAUUCCGCCAGGGCAGCCCCCUCGUCCCCGGGGACCUGGCCCUGGUGUCGGCCCACACGGCGCGCGCGACGCUCAUCAUCAGCGACCAGAGCCGCAGCGCGGCCGAGGCGGACGCGCAGUCGGUCAGGGCGGCCAUCCUGGUUGAUGAGCUCGACGACGCAUACCUCUACAACCGUGCCUCCGGUGAUAGCAGCUUUUCCCACCUUCACAUCCCCGGCGGCGGCGCCACCGCCGCCGCCGAGACUCUGGCCAGCAACGGCGGCGCGCACGGCACCAGCCACCUCGCCACUCUCGGGUCCGUUGUCGCGAGCGUCGCGGCGUCCCCUGCGUCGGGAAACAGCGGUGCGGGGAGCUACGACGGCGGCAGCAGCAGGAGCAGCAGUGGCGGCGGCGGCGGGAGCAGCGGAAGCAGCUGCAGCGGCGGAAGCACGGGUGGCCUUGACACGACGGAGGCGACGCUGGACGAUGUCGGCUCAGGGGCAAGCCAGGCAAUGUGGCGGAAGCACAGCAAUGAGGGAGACCGGAUGGCUCACGAGCUGCGGGAAUCGCUGAUGCAGGAGCAGCGGGAGCAGGAGCAGGAGGAGGACCGCGAGCAGGAGCGGGAGCGGCCAGAGGAGGACGACGGGGCGCCAGGAGUGGGGACAGGGGCGCGCGCGGCGUGCGCGUGGGCGGCGGGGCUGGGGGGCUGCGGCGAGCAGGAGCGUCACAUUGUGGUUGAGAUCAAGACGGCCAACGCGCUGCCGCUGGUGAAGUAUGCGUGCUCUGACCGGGUGUCGGCGCUGCCAACGGGGCCGAUCAACGCGCAACGGAUGGCCCAGCUGGUGAAGCGUCCCUUUGCGUCGAUGGUGAGCCAGCAGCUGGUCAACUUUGGGUCGGCGAUGAGCGCCUACGCCCAGUUUGGGGACUGCGCGUUCCGCUUCCCGGACGGCAUCGUGCUGGGCGUGGUCAACCGGGACAUCGGCGGCCAGGCGCUCAUGGCGCCGCCCGUCGAGUACAUCGUGCAGCCAGGCGACAGCCUGGUCAUCUGCCGCCCCUCCACAGUCAGCUCCUCAGACUUCCGGCCCCUCAGGCGCGCCCCACCGCCAGAGCAGCUCCACGGCGCCGCGCUUGUCGCUGCCGCGUCUGCACUGAUGGGCACGCAGCCCCGAAACGUCGACCGUGGCGCCGCCGCUGACGUGGGCGUCGUCGUCUGCACCAACCCUUCCGGCGCCUGCGACGGCAAGGGCUGCGGCGCAGGCGGCGGGUGCCGGUUCGAGGGGGGCGACGCGGCCGACGUUGGCUGCGACGUCACCCUCAGCGACGAGUGCUGCGGCCCGCACGGCUGCACGGGCAGCUGCAAGAACUUUGCACGACGUGCAAAGUGGUCGCGGCAGAGGGCGACGGCGCUCGCGACGGAGCUGCAGCACCAUCACAAACACAAGCAGCAGCAAGGGCCGCAACAGCUGCAGCAGCAGCAACAGCAGCAGCAGGGGCAGCAGUACCGUCAUGGGGGGAGCAUGCACCUGCCACUCGCAGGGGAGGGUGAUGGACUGUUUGACCUUCAGGACGCCGCCCUGCUGGUGCCCACAGAGUACCUGGAGGUGGAUGACGAGCCAGAAGACGUCCUUGUGGCCGGCUGGGGGGCAGAGAAUGUGAUGGAGAACCUGCUGCGGGAGCUGGACAGUGGCUUCAGCGCCCUGCCCGAGGGCAGUUCCGUCACGUUUGUCAACGCCUUCCCGGCGGAGGACACCCUGGCGCGCGUGCUCAACCACGGGCCCGUUGAGAACAUACGGGACCCCGACCGCGAUGACUCCAACGGCCUGGCGCAAGUCGAUGGGCCCUCGGUGCUGCGCAUCGACAGCCUCAUCAUGACGGUGCAGCUCAACAUCCGCAAGCUGCUGGAGGAUAGCAGGCUGCCUCCGAUAAACGUCAUCUGCCAAAAG